ACUGACUGAGUGACUGACUGACUAAGUGAGUGAGUGAGUGAGUGAGGAGACCAACUCCCCACAACGCGGAAGACGGUCGGUGCAGAGAGACCCCGCAGUCGAAAUGAAGGGACUUCACGACUGCAAUGAAAAGGCUGUAUCUGCGGGCUGCGUGGCUUUGGCUGCACUUGGGGGCUUGUGCCUUCAGCGACAGCUGCGGCAGUCAGUCGCUUAUGGGAGAUACACCCCUCCAUCAUUCUCUGGGAUAUUAAUCCCGGCUAAGAUCGCCUGGUUUGUCCAGGAGCUGCCUUCAUUUCUCGUUCCUGUGCUGCUCCUUUACCGGUCAGGCAGCCUGGAGACCCUGGGAUGCAAGCUGCUGCUCUUCAUGUUUUGUGGACACUAUUUUCACAGGACCUUUAUUUAUGGAUUUCUCACCAACGGUCAACCUACUUCAUUUCACAUUGUUUGCCAAAGCUUUCUGUUUUGCACACUGAAUGGAUGGUUUCAGGCCCACUCCCUGAUUAACUGUGCUGUGUACGAGGACAACUGGACUACUGACUGCAGAUUCAUUUUGGGGGUUGUGAUAUUUCUGCUAGGAAUGGCCAUCAACAUCCACAGUGAUCACGUGCUGCGGAACUUGAGAAAACCUGGAGAGAUAAAUUACAAAAUCCCAAAAGGUGGAUUAUUCAAAUACAUCUCUGGAGCAAAUUUCUUUGGUGAGAUAAUAGAGUGGUUUGGUUAUGCCAUAGCAACCUGGAAUGCGUCAGCCUUCUCAUUUGCUGUACUUACAUUCUGCUCUAUAGGACCUCGAGCUUAUCACCACCACAGGUUUUAUCAGAAGAAGUUUCAGGACUACCCAAAAUCAAGAAGAGCUCUCAUACCUUUUUUGUUUUGAAAUGUAUCGCUCAAAAGAAUGUAUUCAUGUUCAAACGAUGCUGGAUGUUUGUAUUUUACCAAUGAGCCUAAUCAGACAUAUUCCAACAUGAAGUGAGGAUGAAAUUGAAGCUCCUACCUCUUCACCCCCACCCACCUCUGUUCAAUGGUUUAUUUGAAACACAAAGAGAUUGCAUUUCAUAGACCUAAAACAUCUUCACUUCUGUUCUGUUAGUGCGUAUCCACUGCAUCUUCUGACUUCCCAAUCCGAAUUGUGUUUAUUUUAUAUUGAUCCUUUCUUCAUGUCUUUCUUCUAGAAUAUACUCCUCCUAGUGUCAUUUAUUCAGCUAUCUGUCAGGCAAAUAAAAUCUGAAAUAAAAUAUUUUGCCUCCAGCUUUUGUGCUGGGGGGCAGGAAGAGAGAGAAUUAAGCAGCGCGGAUUGCAGUGAGAAUCCGAUUUUGCUGACAUGGAAGUGCAAAAUCAAUGAACGUGUCUCAGUCAGUAGUUGGAAUUUAUAACUCUGCUAAUAAUCCCUUCAAUUUGUAAAGUGGAUUUAAGGAAAGAAGUGCUUAAUUUUGAUUUCUUUUUGCGUUACCAAAUUGGCUGGAAAAGUCUAACAACUCCUUCUUUCUCUUAUCCCCACCCCGAGCCUCCAGCCCAAAAAUUACAUUUGUAAAGCAAGUUGUGAAACACACAUUGUACAAACUAUGAGUGUGAAAGAGAACCAAGAAUCAAUAUAAACCUAAAGCUACAUGUUUUCAUUUCUGAAUUAAUAAAAAUAUUAA